AUGAUUGAAGACAAUAAGGAAAAUAAAGACCAUUCCUUACAAAGAGGAAGAGCAACUCUCAUUUUUUCCUUGAAGAAUGAAGUUGGUGGACUUAUAAAAGCACUGAAAAUCUUCCAGGAGAAGCAUGUGAACCUGUUACAUAUUGAGUCCCAAAAAUCAAAGAGAAGAAACUCAGAAUUUGAGAUUUUUGUUGACUGUGAUAUCAACAGAGAACAAUUGAAUGACAUUUUUCAUCUGUUGAAGUCCCGUACUAACGUUCUCUCUGUGAAUCCACCAGACAAUUUUACUGUGAAGGAAGAUGGUAUGGAAACUGUUCCUUGGUUUCCAAAGAAGAUUCCUGACCUGGACCAUUGUGCCAACAGAGUUCUGAUGUAUAGUUCUGAACUGGAUGCAGAUCAUCCUGGCUUCAAAGACAAUGUCUACCAUAAAAGACGGAAGUAUUUUGCAGACUUGGCUAUGAACUAUAAACAUGGAGACCCCAUUCCCAAGGUUGAAUUCACUGAAGAGGAGAUUAAGACCUGGGGAACUGUAUUCCAAGAGCUCAACAAACUUUACCCAACCCAUGCCUGCAGAGAGUAUCUCAAAAACUUACCUUUGCUUUCUAAAUAUUGUGGAUACCGGGAAGAUAAUAUCCCACAAUGGGAAGAUGUCUCAAACUUUUUAAAAGAGCGCACGGUUUUUUCCAUCCGUCCUGUGGCUGGUUACUUAUCACCAAGAGAUUUCUUAUCAGGUUUAGCCUUCCGGGUUUUUCACUGCACACAGUAAGUGAGACACAGUUCAGACCCAUUCUAUACCCCAGAGCCAGAUACUUGCCAUGAACUCUUAGGUCAUGUCCCCCUUUUGGCUGAACCUGGUUUUGCGCAAUUCUCCCAAGAAAUUGGCCUGGCUUCCCUUGGAGCUUCAGAGGAGGCUGUUCAAAAACUGGCAACGUGCUACUUUUUCACUGUGGAGUUUGGUCUCUGUAAACAAGAUGGGCAGUUGCGAGUCUUUGGUGCUGGAUUACUUUCUUCUAUCAGUGAACUUAAGCAUUCACCUUCUAGACAUGCCAAAGUAAAGCCCUUUGAUCCCAAGAUUACCUGCAAACAGGAGUGUCUCAUCACAACUUUUCAGGAUGUCUCCUUUGUAUCUGAAAGCUUUGAAGAUGCAAAGGAGAAGAUGAGAGAAUUUACCAAAACAAUUAAGCGUCCAUUUGGAGUGAAGUAUAAUCCAUACACACGGAGUAUUCAGAUCUUGAAAGACACCAAGAGCAUAACCAGCGCCAUGAAUGAGCUGCAGCAUGAUCUCGAUGUCAUCAUUGAUGCCUUUUCGAAGGUCAGCAGACAGCCAAGCAUCUGA